UGUCUAUAGAAAUCGUCCGAUCCGAAUUCCUGUUCUAUUCUUUGUUUAGUUAAUACUAAUAUUUUUAGUAUUGAUUAGCUUUAAUUUUUUUGUCAAUAAUGUUGGAUUUAAUUAACACAGUAAUUUUAUUUCAACAUUAUUGAUUAUGUAUUCUCAAAAGGAGAUUGAUGAUAUCAGAAGUAAACGGAGGAGAUUACGAAGUGAAUCCUGUGUAGAUGAUGUUGAUCAAGAACCUUUUGAAGAAAGCAAAGAAGACACCUCUCCAAAACAAAAAGAUAACGGCGCUGAAAAAGAAGGCGUUGCAUCGAAAAAAGCCAAGCACUUUACUAAAAUUGACGAUGACUUUAAAGAUGUGAGCACUCUGGACAAGGAGUUCGUAGAGAAACUCGCCAAAGAAACUGAGGAAGAGAAGAAAGUUGAAGAUCCCUGGCUACAAUCAUUGAAAACCUCAGAGUUUGAUGACACCCAGGUUGUCUAUGACAGUCCCAAGAGUGUUGUAAAACCUUCUAAACGAUCUGAAGCAGUGGACUUGAUCUACGAUUUACCAAAAGUUGAAGUGAUUCGACUGCUGGUCGCAAUGUUAGAAGAUGAGCAAACCCCUUCCGAUUACUUAAAAUCUGCUGAAUUUAAGGAAAAGAGUGAAAGUGACUUGAAAAAAUCACCAUAUGAAGUUUCUGACUUAGCGCAUGUUCUGACCAUGACAUGGCAGAACGUGUAUUUCAUGACAAAAGAAGAAAUUGUCGAGUCGCUCAUGACCUACAAAAACAACGGCAAGGAACUUAAGAACUACGAGUUCAGGUGGGUGAAGGACGAGCUUGCCGUCCAUGGACCAUACCCACAUGAGGACAUUCUUAUGUGGAUUGUAUAUGGUUAUGUUUCCGACGAGAACCCGAUUUUGGUUCGUGAGCUUGACGACCAUGGCCAUCCAAAAACUCUGGAAUGGACAAAAUACAAGGACUCGGACAUUUACAACAUAUUCCCGGUUGAAAAGCGAGCAAAGUCCCAAUCCUCUCAGAAACCUGAGAAAGAGCAAGAACAGGAACAAGAAGAUGAUGAUCAUGAUGAUGAACCGGAAGAUGAUGGAUUCUCGGGGAAGAAGAGAAAGCAAAAGUUAAUUGGCGUGAGGGUCAAGGACAAGGAGGAGGAAUACCAAGAAUCAGAUGACGACGAUUAUGAAUAACCUGUAACAUAAUGAUGUAAUGUAUUGAACACGAGAA